UCAAAGCCACUCAAUCACUCUGUUGAUCAUCAUAAAGUUAGUGUCUAACGGGUUUUGUUGGGUAUUAGAAAUGAUUAUCAUGUUCUUUUUCAUGUACUUUGUUGUCUCUUGUCUGCCUCCCCUUCACUUUGCUAUUAGUAAUUGCCCCGAAUUUUUUGUUUGUCCAAAUCAUCCUCCUUUCAGGUAUCCAUUUUACAACGCUAGUAACACAGAAUGUGGGUUGAUAGAGGUCGACUGUACUACUUCUGGCGGGGAAAUUCAACUUGGAGGACAGUCACAUGUGAUUUUAUCCAAGUUGGAUUCUAAUUCCUUAAUCAUCCGUAACAGCACAUUUGAAAAUCUUGUCAAAGAAGAACACUGCGAGGCGCUUAUGGAUAAUUUCACUUCUCCAAGCCCUCUUUUGUUUUCACUAUCAAUAAUUAGUCCCAACAUCACUCUCUUCAAGUGCAAAAAAAAUCUCAGUUAUACUCGAGUAACUGAUUCGUAUUUUGAGAUGAGUAAUUUCAGCCACUACAACAAAUGCAAAGAUUACAAUUUCUACUAUACGCAUCCCUACACAAAUUCAGGAGUUCCAAGCGAUCUCCCACAUAUAUGUCAAGUAAUACGGCUGCCUUUGAAAAAGAGUUGGCAAUUUGUCCGUGAGAACCCAGAUAAAGCGGACAUAUUUUAUCUUCUUCCUUCUAACUUCUCUAUUUCAUUCUCUCUGUCAGCUUCCUGUGAAAGGUGUCUAAAAAACGAUAGUCAUUGUCAAAAUAAGAAUGGAAUGAUUCGAUGUUCAGAUGUCAUAACGGGUGCUGCAGAAAAUCCAGACCAAAGAAUUACAGAGAUUUUGGGACUGCUCUUCUUCACUUUCGUUAUCGGCGGAGUUGUGAUUGUACUACUGGUUACCUUGAUCAAAUGUUUGAUAAAGCAACUCAAACAGAUAAUCAUGAUUUAUUGGCUAUGGCUCCAAAAAAGAAAGAGCAAUGUCAAUGUGGAUAACUUUCUUAAGAAUCAUGAAUUCUUGGCUCCUAAAAAGUAUUCUUACUCACAAGUUAAGAAGUUGACCAACUCCUUCAAAAUCAAACUAGGACAAGGUGGCUUUGGUUCAGUGUAUAAAGGAGAGCUAAGCAAUGGAAAUCUUGUGGCAGUCAAGGUUUUAAACCAACUAAAAGGUAAUAAUGGUGAAGAUUUCAUUAAUGAAGUUGCGAGUGUUGGCAGAACUUCUCAUGUAAAUAUUGUAAGUCUUGUGGGAUUUUGUUGUGAUGGCCGUCAUAGAGCAUUGAUCUAUGAAUUCAUGCCUAACGGGUCCCUUGAAAAGUUCAUAUAUGGACGGGAAUCCUCCAGUAAUAUCCAAAUUGGGUGGGAAAAGUUGCACCAGAUAGCAAUUGGGAUUGCUCGAGGCUUAGAAUAUUUGCAUAAGGGUUGUAGCACACGGAUAUUACAUUUCGAUAUAAAACCACAUAAUAUUCUUUUGGACCAAGAUUUCUGUCCAAAGAUAUCAGACUUUGGGCUUGCUAAGCUAUUCCUUGAGAAAAGAAGCAUGAUAUCCUUGUCCCAUAUGAGAGGAACACCGGGAUACAUUGCUCCUGAACUAUUUUCAAUAAAUUUUGGACGAGUCUCCCAAAAGUCGGAUGUUUACAGUUACGGAAUGAUGGUUUUGGAAAUGGUUGGAGGUAGGAAAAAUAUAGAGGUUGAUGUUGAUCACACAAGUGAAAUAUACUUUCCUCAUUGGAUGUAUAAAAAGAUUGAAGUAGAUGAGGAACAACUUGGACUCCAUGGGAUUGUGAGCGAUGAAGAAAACAAGAUGGUGAGGAAGAUGAUCAUAGUGGGUUUGUGGUGCAUUCAGACAAAUCCCUUGAACCGCCCGACAAUAACUAAGGUGUUGGAAAUGUUAGAAGACGACUUAGCAUCAUUGGAAAUCCCCCCAAAACCUUAUUUGUUUUCUCCAACAAGGUCCAUCAAUCCCCUAUCUAUUGAUAAUACGAAUGUUAAAUGUUCCUUUGUCGAUAGCUCAUCACUUUGAAAUGUUAUUCUCGUAAAAGUCAUGUAGCUAUGCUUUGUACGCUGAAUAACAAUGUUAUGUGCGCAUGUCCUAAAUGACUGUUAUAUGUUAUACAUGUACUAAUAAUCCUGUAAGUGUCAAUGGUACAAUUGGGGGAACAUAAAUACGUAGGUAUGUGAUGCA